CCAGUGCGGGACCCACUCCGGCGGCGGCGCGUCCUCCCUAAACAAACCCAAACGAUGCGCGAACGGGCGAGUAGACACGCGUCGCGUUGAAACGAGCCAGAGAUCGCCGCGUGCCUCGGAUUAACGUUUCUCGGUCAUGACCGAGACGGAGUGACGCCGCGAGCACAGACCGCGCACUGGAUGCACUCGAGCAUGCGCUUGCCCAGCUGAUCGCGACGCUAAGCCGCAGCGUUGGACGCGACGAGCCCGUAUACUUGACUCUGAAACAGCGUUCAGUCCUCCGACGACUGAAAUAAUUACAUUCGCGCUGAUCUGAAGUCAGUAACGAUGGCGGGAAAGCUGACAGGAUCGGGCGCGGGGAUUCUGCUCGUCACCGCCAACGUGGGCUCUUUAUUUGAAGAUCCGGAGAACCUACAGAAGCCGUGGUUACAGGAGUUUUAUCAGACAGUCCAAGCACACAGACCGCACUUUGUGGCUCUUCACUGUCAGGAAGUAGGUGGGAAGAAUUAUGAAGGAUCUAUGAUGCAUGUGGACAGCUUUAUCAAAGAACUUCUGUCCAGUGAUGCUAUGAGAGACUUCAGCAGAGCUCGUGUGUACCUCGACAAGAACUACAAAUCCCAGGAGCAGUUUACAGCAUUGGGAUGUUGUUACUUCCUACACGAUUCCUUGAAAAACAUCCAGCAGUUUGAUUUCAAAGCCAAGAAGUUCAAGAAGGUGAUCGGUAAGGAGGUCAUUUCAGACACAUUGAUGAGCUGCUCUAUGCUGGAGAAAGAGAAGUUUCCUCAACAUUACUUUCCUGAGUGCAAGUGGUCUAGAAAAGGAUUCAUUAGGACCCGAUGGGCUUUUGCUGAUUGUUCCUUUGAUCUGAUUAAUAUUCACCUGUUCCACGACGCAUCCAAUUUGGUGGCAUGGGAGAAAAGUCCAUCAGUUUACUCAAGCACACGACAGAAAGCACUCAGCUUUGUUCUGGACCGGAUCUCAGAUCAGCGGUUUGAAAGACUGCCAUAUUUCAUCUUUGGUGACUUUAACUUCAGGUUGGACUCCAAGCGGGUAAUUGAGAGUCUUUGUUCCACGGCCACCAUGCAGACGGUGCAAGCGAAUGACAACGAUGCAGUCGACAAACUGAUUUUUAGAGAGUCAGACAAUGACCACAAGGUCGUCUUACAGCUGGAAAAGAAGUUAUUUAACUACAUUGAUCAGGAUGUUUUCCGGGAAAACAGUGGAAAGCGGCUUUUCGAGUUUGAUAAGGAGCUGUCGGUCUUUAAGGAUCGUCUACAUGAGCUGGAAAUAUCGUUUCCUCCCAGUUAUCCGUACAGUGAAGACUGCAGUCAGGCUAAACAGUACAUGAACACACGUUGUCCAGCGUGGUGUGAUCGUAUCCUCAUGUCAGCUUCAGCUAAAGAUCUGCUGGUGAAGCCAGAGAAUGAGGAGAAGUCAACAACAUAUGACAACAUAGGACCUGAUGUGUGUAUGGGGGACCACAAGCCUGUCUACCUGUUCUUCCGGUUAACCUCAGGAGCUGGGAAACACACAAAUAAGCACAAGUGUUGUGUAGUGCAGUGAUAUGCCAGGCGAGUGGUGCCAAAGGGUGGAGAAGAUUUCAUGAAAGGUCCCCUGUGAGAAACUCGGGUGGAUGGACACACACAUACACACACACACACACACACACACAGAGGACGACCCUGUAAAGACUCUUCAGCAGGACUGACCAGUCGCAUUUGUCACAGUGCAUGCAACACAUCCAUAGUAACAACACUUUGACUUCAUGAAUGCUUUAAUGUCACGAUCAUCAUGGACAUUUACUGAACGCACACACACAGACACACACACAGAGACACACACACACACACACACACACACACAAACGUCAGGUGGGAUUUUCCUCUGAAUGCAGAAGACAUUAUUCAUCUGUAACACCAUCAGACAUCAACAUCUCUCGUGUGUCGGCCUUCUUUCCAAAACUCUGAUCGAACAUCACAAACACUUUACAGAUUUUAAAAUGCAUAUGUGGAAAUUUUAGAUAUGCCGCCACAAAAUCUGAGCUACUUCCAUACAGUAUAUGUAAGAUGUUUUAAAAGUGCAAUGCAAAAAAUAUUGUUGUAUAUCUUAAGCUAUAGUUUAUUUGUACAUUGGACUAUGAUAUAUACUGUAGUGUUUCUCUCUGUUAAAAUAGACAUUAUAUUCUGUUUAUUUCUUUAGUUUACUUUUGUUUUGUUAUUCUCGUAACAAUCUGCCAUGCCUCAUACAACGGCCAAGUCUCAUUUUAUAUACUGUACCUUUUAAUAAGAUCAUUUAUAAUUUCUACCCAAAUUAAUUCUCAUAGAAAAAUGACUGCUUUAGGGUUUUGUCAGAUGAAAAACAUUUAAAUUGAUAUCAUCAUUAUCCAGAUAUUCAGCCAUUAUGAUUUAAAUAUAUAGCCAAUAUAAAGUUUCUUAUUUCUUUUAAGGUGUGUGCCAUAAACCAUAGGAUUAGAUAAGAGAGUUUGUUAGAGUAGUCUUGUUUGGUUAUUCAGUAAGAGUAUCGUUUUUAUUCUAACUUAUUUUUGUGUGAUAAUGUUAUGGUAUUGAAUGUGAUAUUUUAAAUAGGCUUGGGUAUCUUAAACUUUAGCUGUAUCUUUCUUUCUUUCUUUUUUAAUGAUGAUUUUGUCAUUAUGUUACUGUGCCAACUGUUAAAGACGACUACAGUUUGAAUUCUGAUAAUAACAUUGUGCAGUUUAGCUUUAAGAGAGAAAUCCUCUCACUUUAAGGACCAGGAGGAAAUGUUUAUACUUUAUAGUGUCCACGUUGCACAUUAAUGUAAUUCAUUACAAAUGCAUGGUUGUUUCAGAUAUGAAGUACUAGUAAUGGUAAUCUGUAGCAUGAACGCUGUAAAGUAUCUUUAAGGUUUCCUCUAUUGAUUUAAUUCACUACAGAGUUUCCCGGUGGCCUGAAUCCUUUAGAUUGAUUCUUGAUUUGUAAAUCACUUCUGUGGGAAUGAUUUUGUGUCUCCUGGCAGUGAUUUGGUCAAGACAAAACUGCUUGUUAACGCAGGUCAGCCGGUAGAAGUCACUCUUUUCUUGAAGCAGAUAGAGAUAUUAGAGCUCCAAAAGCAAUAAAACCAUUAGAAGUCA